AUGUGGAGGGCAGCCCAGCAGCUGCUGCCACCCCCUCCUCCCAUGUGUCACCAGUCCUUGGUGCUGACAAAGGACAGCAUGUUCCUGAAGACGCCUCUGCUUCUGGGACUCAUUGUGCUGGGCACCCAUGUCUGGACCAUUCAAAAAGAAUUUGUAGACAUUUGUAAGAACCAUGAUUAUUUUGUGGCAUCUGUGGAAUUUGCUCUGGCUUGGUUCAAUGAUGACAACAUGGAAGAAGACUCAUACAAGUUGUUGGAGGUCGGGCAGGCCCAGCAAAAGCAACCAGCCCUGGACACCUGGAGGCCACAGGAGCUCGUUGGGGUGGUCUCCAAGCCCCUGUGCCCUGUCCUAGCUCAGGGUCUGGUGACCCUGCAAGUGGACUGCACCUUUAUUGUGGAUGCCAGACCAUGGUUUUCCCAGUUCUCCCUCCUAAACAGUACCUGCGUGCAGAAAUAG